CCUCUCUCAGACUCCCCCUCCGUGAAGAUGUCCCAGUCGUCGCCAGCCGAUGAAGGCACAACGUUCGAGCACCUCUGGAGCACGCUGGAGCCAGACAGCACCUACUUCGACCUCCCUCCAUCCAACCAUACCGGCAGCAAUGAGGUCUCCAACCGCACGGAGGUGACAAUGGAUGUCUUCCAGAUGAGAAGCAUGAAUGACUCAGUCAUGUCCCAGUUCAAUUUGCUGAACAACAGCAUGGAUCAGAGCAUCGGCAGCAGAGCAGCCUCCACCAGCCCCUACAGCUCCGAGCACACCUCCAAUGUCCCAACGCAUUCGCCCUACUCGCAGCCCAGCUCUACCUUCGACGCCAUGUCCCCAGCUCCCGUCAUCCCCUCCAACACUGACUACCCUGGUCCCCACCACUUUGAGGUGACCUUCCAGCAAUCCAGCACCGCCAAGUCGGCCACCUGGACAUACUCCCCCCUGCUGAAGAAACUCUACUGCCAGAUCGCAAAGACAUGUCCCAUCCAGAUCAAGGUGUCCACGCCGCCACCGCCGGGCACCAUCAUCCGGGCCAUGCCCGUCUACAAGAAGGCAGAACAUGUCACCGAGGUGGUGAAGCGCUGCCCCAACCACGAGCUCGGCCGUGACUUCAAUGAUGGCCAGGCAGCCCCGGCCAGCCACCUCAUCCGGGUGGAAGGCAACAACCUCUCCCAGUACGUGGACGACCCCGUGACGGGAAGGCAGAGCGUGAUGGUGCCCUAUGAGCCUCCACAGGUGGGGACCGAGUUCACCACCAUCCUGUACAACUUCAUGUGCAACAGCAGCUGUGUAGGAGGGAUGAACAGGAGGCCCAUCCUCAUCAUCAUCACCCUGGAGACACGAGACGGCCAAGUCCUGGGGAGGAGAUCCUUCGAGGGCCGGAUCUGUGCCUGCCCCGGCAGGGACCGCAAGGCUGAUGAGGACCAUUACCGGGAGCAGCAGGCCCUGAACGAGAGCGCAGCCAAGAAUGGCAGCACCAACAAGCGCACAUUCAAGCAGAGCCCACAGGGCAUCCCAGCACUAGGGGCCGGCAUUAAGAAGCGUCGGCAUGGGGAGGAGGAGAUGUAUUACGUGCCUGUUCGAGGCCGGGAGAACUUCGAGAUCCUGAUGAAGAUAAAGGAGAGCCUGGAGCUGGUGGAGCUGGUCCCGCAGCAGCUGGUUGACUCCUACCGGCAGCAGCAGCAGCAGCUCCUGCAGAGGCAGACCCAGCUGCAGCCACCAUCCUCCUACGGCCCCGUCCUUUCGCCCAUGAAUAAGGUCCAUAGUGCAGGGAUCAACAAGCUGCCCUCUGUGAACCAGCUGGUGGGGCAGCCCGCGCAGCACAGCGCCAGCUCCGCGCCCGGCCUCGCACCCAUGGGACCCGGAAUGCUGAACAGUCACCCCAUGCAGCCCAACGGGGAGAUGAAUGGGGGCCACGCGUCCCAGUCCAUGGUGUCCGGAUCACACUGCACCCCCCCGCCGCCCUACAACCCCGACCCCAGCCUCGUCAGUUUUUUAACAGGAUUGGGGUGUCCAAACUGCAUCGACUAUUUCACCUCCCAAGGGUUACAGAAUAUUUACCACCUGCAGAACCUAUCCAUAGAGGAUCUCGGAGCACUGAAGAUCCCGGAGCAGUACCGCAUGGUCAUCUGGCGAGGGCUGCAGGAGCUCAAGCAGAGCCACGACUACGGGGCGCAGCAGCUCCUGCGCUCCAGCAGCAACGCCUCCACCAUCUCCAUCGGCAGCUCGGGCGAGCUGCAGCGGCAGCGCGUGAUGGAGGCCGUGCACUUCCGCGUGCGCCACACCAUCACCAUCCCCAACCGCGGCGCUGCCGACGACUGGGCAGACUUUGGCUUCGACCUCCCGGACUGCAAAUCCCGCAAACAGUCCAUAAAGGAGGAAUUCACGGAGGGGGAGAUCAACUGAGGGGCUCCCGGGAGCAAGAGACCUG